AUGUCUAGUACGGAAUACAUCCAGAACAUGCUUCACGUCAAAAUCAAGGGACGACCCUGUAUACUGUUGGCCCGAAAGGGUGGCAUUAUUGAGUUGCGUGGAUCUGAAAGUCCCAACGAGCUUUUAUAUUCUUGGAACGAAUCUACAGUCGAUGACAGUGACUUUGUUGUUGGGAUGGCUUAUGUAAAUGAGGUAUUGUACUCUUGUUCGAACAGAGGUUUGCUCCUGUUACGAGAUUUAUCGAACAUAAAUCGAGGGAAACACUGUCCAGAAACUGCGAACUCUGAUAGGAAAUCCGACUUGCUUGAGCAUUAUCAAGGCAAUGCAGUUUCUUGGACUAUAAAUGAACCCAUAAGCUUCUUCAAGGUGCAUCCGAUCCAUAGCGAGAUAUGCUUAGUCGGAGGAUACAACAAUGAGGUAGAAAUCCUUGAUAUUACCAGCAACUUGAAUUUACUUACUGGUUCUGUAUUAAUUGAAGGUUUGGACCGCAACUCUAAGUUCAAGCUGAAAAUUGCCAAAUACGCUGCCUCCAUUCAGCCAAUAUGGAAAGCAAAAGUCCAUACUCAUCCCAAGAGAGGAGAUUCAGUAUACAUCAAGGAAGAGUUCUCAUGGCCCCAAGACGCCGUUUUCCUUGACCCAGAAAGAAAGAAAUGCUCUGGCUUCAAAAUAUGUUGCGGCUCAAGGUUUGGAAAACUUAUGGUCUACGACACAAGUUUAUCACGAUAUGCCAUUUCUCAGUUAACCGUAUCCAAUCAUUCAAUUACCAAUGUCAAACUGCUUGUGAAUGACAGCUUAGUGAUGUUUGUGGACUCGUGUCAAACUGUAGGAAUUGUAAACUUGGUGAUUGAAGAGAUUGUUAACUACUACCGAAUACCGAUGGGAUCAAUAUCCUCGUGCGAAUGCCUAGUAUUAGAAGAUCCCAAAGCGGCAUUAGUGAACAAAUCUUUAACAUUCACUAAUCCAAUUCUGUUUAUAGUUGGUGGCAUUGAUAAGAAAUUGAGAGUUUAUAGACUCGACAACAAUAACCAGUGCACAUUGAUAGGAUGCGCCAAAACAUCUUCCAUAAUGCCAUCAAUUUGUCUAGCGUUAGACAAUCCGGUUGAUAAAGAAGCUGUACAUAAACUUCUGUUGAAAGAUUUCCAUAUCGAUCGAUCUCAUGAUGAUACCUACGACGACUACUACUUCAAGUCAAAAUUUCAUAACCAUAGGAAAAACGUUACUGCGGCUUACAAACUACGCAAGGUCUAA